ACGUAGUCAGACAAUAUUAAAUACUCAUUUAACUCAUAGAUAUUAUAGCAGCUAAGACUCGAAUCCAAUGGAGUCCGCUAUUAAGAUGAAUCAAAACUUCGAGUCAAUUGGAAAGACUUUUGUUGGACAAUAUUACACAAGAUUCGAUGACCCUGCAAAGCAAAACACUUUGGAGGAACUCUACAGCGACACCGAAUCUUUAAUGACUUUCGAUGGACACCAGAUUUUAGGCGGUAAGAAGAUUUUGGAAAAAAUAAAAAGUCUGCAAUUCAAGAAGAUCAAUCGAGAGAUAUCUUCGGUGGAUUCACAGCCAAGCCUUGAUGGCGCUGUCAUGGUCCACGUAGUGGGACGCCUGCAGUGCGACAAGAAUCCAUCAAUCGCCUUUUCUCAAGUGUUUUUGCUUAAGCCCUCUAAAAAUACUUUCUAUGUUGUUCAUGACAUUUUUCGUAUUGUCCCACAAAGCCGGGACUAAAAACAUGAAAAAACAAUGGAAAAAAUUUGACCUCCUGAAAAAACAGAACUGGAAAAAUAUUCCCUUCCCAUACAACUCUUAAAAGUUCAUUGGAGAAAUUAAAUUUUCUGUACUUCUUGUUUUAAAAAAUUAAGACGAUUAAAAAAAAUCGAAGUAAUAAAAAGAAACAUUUCAAAUAGUACAGGU